AUGGACGAAGAAAUCAGGCCAUUCGAGACGGUCACCAUUGGUCUCGCCACCGUCGAGACAGGAGCCGAGAGGUUUAUGCGAGAGGGAGUGCCCUGCCCACCCCCUCUGGCUUACUGGCGGAAUAACCUGACUGCGUUGUCUCAACGCUUCAAUCUCUACUUUGUCGCAACGAGAGAAACCAUUGCCGUCUACAGACCUGAAUUCCCCUUUCAGAAGCUUCACAGACUGCCUGCGCUGCUCAUUAUCCCCGCCCUGGCAAAUCCCGAUGCCGCUGGCUACAUCGAUCCCCAAUUUCCCCAUACCAUCAACCAUCUGAUUGUGGGAGACUUGGGCAACGAGGAGAUUCUCCUUAUCGCAACCGAUUCCGGCAACAUUUCCGCCUAUUAUACCAAAUCAAUUCAAGAAGCCAUUCGAAAAGACCCGUACCGCUUCAGCACAGAUGCUCGGAGUGACUGCGUCGGUUUGUGGCCAUUCUUCGAACAAUGGGUUUAUGAAUCUGCUUGGGGCCUCGCCAUCCACACCAGCGCCCGAUUGAUUGCCGUGUCGGCCAACACGCCUCAUCACGUUGCAGACGAUGAUCCUUGUGCUAAAAUAACGGUAUUUGCUUUCGCCUUGACAAACACAGGUGAUGAAGGAGGGGAUGACGAGCACCAACUGUCUGACGAUGAUCACGAGAUUUCCGAGCACGCGAAACAAUCAGAUUGGCAAGAAUGGUUGGCAAUAGGUGUUGAUGCUACUGCUCCACCACGGAAUAAAAACUACAAAAUCACUCUCGCUGGCAUCGAAGGUCAUGAUCAGAACAUUCCCUGCAUUUCCUUCGUGAAUACAGAUGAUGACCUAGAAGGCAAUUGGUUGUUGAGUACCGACAUCGAUGGUGACAUGAAGAUCUGGCAAAUCUGGCAAGGUAUCUGCCAGAGAUCCUGGGAUUUCUCUGAAAAAACCAUGCGUCCAGGUCCUUACCGAAGGCGAGAGGGCGGCUGGCUUGUAGCUGCUCUCGACUCUCACGCCUUCCGGUCAGCUAGGACGAUGGAGCAAUUUUGCGGAUACUACAAGGUACCUCAGUAUCACGGACAUAAUGCACUGGAAAGCUACGACCUGACCAAUGUUGUCCGGCUCCGCACGCCAAGCAAUAGUGUCACACAUUUUCUGAUGUAUGAAGGCAUAGAGGACGACGACAAUAACGAAGAAGUUCGAGAGUUGUCUGACUCCUGGUCUGACAUGGACGAAGCUACCGUUGAUACUGACCAGGCUGAGGCUAAUGCGGGUUGGUUCCCUGACUAUGGAGAAGACACUAAUGAUGGAUUCCUAGAGGAAGACUCUGAGAUCAGCAGAGAGCCCGAAGGAGUUCGUGAGUCAGGCACAAGUGAGGUUGCUUCCGUUUCUGGGUCUAAUCCGAGAGCUCACAAUACUGGCGACCAAUCUACAACUCCUCAGAGAGAUCUCCUAUCGUUAGAGCAUGGGCGUUUUGAAGAGAGCGAUGCCCACUCUGACGAGAGCGAGGAGAGCGAGGAUGAUGAACUCCAAUAUCCUUCUAGCUCGGAAGAAGUGGACGAUGCUGACCUUUCUUCUUCGAGUCGACGAAGUACCACAUCACUGUCAAGUCUCGUUCACCGAAACAGCCAGGAAAUUAACGUCGACGUCUUGUCUGCCUCCGAUAUGGAUUCUCCAUCGCGCAGACGGCAGCGUAUUGAACCGAAAAGUCCCAAACCUUUGGUUGAGAGCAGCGCUUCGAACGUUGCGAAACCCCGCGCAAGGGCCAAACCACCGAAUAUACCUACACUACAUUGUACCACGUCAAAUUUGAGACUGAUCAUGACUCCAGCAGCAGACUCGCCACACGUCUUUUGUGCCAACAUCCUGAGACAGGCAUUGCCUCGCUCAAUACAGCUUACGACUCACAUCCACCUCGAUAGACUCAAUAUGAUGCUGCAGAUCCCCGAGUUAGGAAUCGUCGUCGUCGCUGCGCAGGUCGGCCGAUGUGCGGUCUGUUCACUGACGAAGAAUGAGACGACGGGAACACUGGGACUGCGAGUGAGCUGGGUGUUACCAACCAGGAAACAAGAGCUGCUGAAACGAAUUCGGCCUUUUUCGCCACUGCUUGGCAUAGCAGCUUCCCCGGUCCAAGGAUGCUUCAAGCCAAAUGAAUACAAAGAUCGAUCCGGAUCAACCGAGUCAACAGAAUGGGGGAAGGACGGGCUGGUGGAUGGAGUGCCCACCACGUUUGACCCUACUGUGCUUGUCGUCAAUGGGCCUAAGGGCGAAGGGGACGGCUCUCAAUUCUUGCAUAUGAACGCUGAAUCUUCGGAGCGUGCGGAUGGGCCUCGGACGAAGAGGAAACGUCUGUCACACAGUAUCAACAAAGAGCAAUCCGCGAGGAUGAGGACGGAGAUACGGGAGUGGGAAGUUCCACCAAAACCAGAGCCAUGGCAGGCUCUGGAAAAUAGUCGGAGAUACAGGCUCAUGCUGACAUAUAUGGACAUGACCGUUCUAUCCUACGAGCUAUCGCGGGGUGUGGAAAGGGAAGAUAUCGCAUAUGAGGUGUCGGCGCUCGACAUGCUUGAUUGA